CAGUUGUAGGUAUAAGAAGGGUCAAAAAAGGCGAGUGGCGUGAGUUACAAUGUGAGCCGGAGCCGAAGGCGUAGGCGAACAUUGUAAAGGAAUACGCCACGAGAAUUUUUUAACCUACUUAUACAACGUUGCAUACAAUAUUUUUCCUACGAGUCAACAAAAAUAAAUCUUAAUUUAGGUAAACAAAUUACAGCAAAAGUAUACAGCCAAGACGCGCGAGCAUACCUUGUUACGCGCCCGGCCCGCCCCGGGCCGCGGCCGGCCGGUCGGCGACACCUCCUCGUAACUCAUGAGGCCCUGGUACUUGCUACUUGCUAAAUUAAUUUUUAGGACAGUUUUUCUCAAUUUUGGCCACCGUGGCCUACGGAGACUAACAAGCAACGCUAAGCGGUCUUCGUAGUCUAUGGGUGUUGCUAUAUUACGGGUGUCACAUGCGUGUUUCUGACUUAUGAAGUAAUUAUUUUUACUAUGCAACCAAAUGAAUAUUUUGUAAGUUGGCAUCAAUGCACUUAGUUUAAAACUGUAUUCGUUUUGGUUUUGUUAGGUUGGUAGCCAUUAAUCACAGUAACAUUAUAGCUUAUAAAAGCACAAGAGCUUUUAUGAGGAAUAGACAAAAUAGACUUUUCUUGAAAUCUUUUAUGUAUGUUCUUAUAUUCGUGUUAAUGAAUGCAUAAAUGACAGAUAACAGUAGAGGAGUAGGAAAAAGGUAUAAGAUUAUCACUCCGUCUGUGGUGGAAUUUAGUAGUUUGUGGAUAGUUUUUUUUUAAUGGCGCCAAAUUUAAUUCGUAUUUUAUGGUGGUAACAAAACAAAAAAUGAACACAGUAAGAGACGCAGGUAAACUUCGCAUAACAGGCAGUACUCUUUCUGAAGAACUUGCUUCAAUUAAAUCUGAAUUAGAGUUUUUUACUCGACAAUUAGAGGAAUCAAAAUCGCAGAUAUCCAACGCACGCCAUCAAAUAGCUAUGAUAGAAAUUUGUACAAGUUCAGAAACAAGUAAGGUCAGCAGUCACGUAGAGCAUUUGAAUGCUCACCGAGCAGGAUAUUAUGUCUUGUUUGAUAAGGAACGUGCGCUAUCUAAAGAACGAGAGAAAGAGUUGAGAGAGAAGGAAGCCGAAGAGUUGGAGUCGGAGCGGCAAAAGUUAAAGAUUAUGGCAGCGAGGAACGACCAGCGCGCUCGGGAGGCUGCGGUACUGGACGCAGAAAGUCAUGUCAUUGAGCAGGCCUGUGUCGUAUUAAAGAAACGAAAUAACGCAAUAAUGCUGAAAUUAAGAAGAAAACUUGUUGAAACCGAAGACAUUCGACGAGAACUUCUGAAGCAAAAAGAACAUGUCAAUGACAAUCAUAACCAGCAAAAGUGAAUACUUACCUACCUACCUAAUCAUUCAGUUGCUUACUAAUUUUAUUUCCAUAUUUCAUACAUACAUUCAUAUACUUAUGCCUAUUUGCCGGAGUCGUAGCGUAGGCAGAGACCACGGAUUUCCACUUGCUAUUGCUGACCUCUUUCGCUUCCUUCAUUUUCAUAAGAUACCUAGAGAUUUUCCUAGCACGAACGUCAUGUUGUUAGUGCUUGACAAAAUAAAAACAUCGACAAUCCUAUUAUCGAUAAGUAACCCUUAUAAUUUUCGAUAUUCCCGCUUAUUUAUUUAUUUAUUCGUAUGGCAUCCGGUAUACUCCCAUUACAUCAGUGGAAGUUGAAAAAUCUUUUAAUCAAUAAAAGUGGAAUUUUUCAAAGACUCAAAGCAGUUUGACGUCCGAAAAUAUGUAAAAAAAAAAGAUAAAUUACUUCGAGAAUCAUGUAAAAAACCUGUAUGGUUAUUUUAUUGUGAGAUGGCCGUUUGGAGGGCAAUCUCGGUAUAUUUGUGUGUCAUGGAUUUUCUUUUAAAUAUAAAGUAUGUAGGUAAAUUAUUAAUAAAUUGAUAGUUUUCGUAAUUCUUGUUCAUUUAUUUCCAAACAUGCAUUAAGACAUUAUUAUGACAGUUAUAAGAUAUCGAUAAUACAAUAUAUCGAUAAACUAAAUAUCGGAAGGAAGUCUCUUGCGUUGCCUUGUCCGUGCUAGAAAAAUCUCUAGGUAUUGGAAGCGUGCAAAGCGGGUGGUGGGGGAAGCCGGAAAGAUCACAGCGCUUGAUGUGGCCAAAUAUGGCAAAAAUGCAACGUGUGUUUCUGUCAAUAGGGUUGUUUCCAUCUACAAAUCUUGUAUCCCAAUAAAUUCUUUUGGAUUAUAUGAACAUGUUAAACUACUUUUAGGGGACCUCUAAUGAUCAUAUUUUUGUAAUUUAAAAUAUCUGGUGGCACACGUCACGUGAUCAAACUCGAAACGUCUUUGAAGAUUCUGAUGACGUCACAACUCUCGAAUGGACACUGUUGACAGUUAGGCGAUAAACAACAAAUGACAAAUGUCAGUUGACAGUUCGUAUCUUCUACGUGUGUAUGUAGUUAUGUGUCAAACCGUAAACUGUGACGUCACACAAUUUUCAAAGAGCGUUUUGGGCGCCAAAGCAUCUGUCAAAAUAUAUUUUGUUAAUUUAACAUAUUUAAAGCCGUUUAUAGUAUAAAAACUGAAUUUUAGGGCAACUUUUAGUAAAUAUAGAACGUAAUACGAGUGUUUCAAAAAAUUGGAAACAACCCUAUUCCCAUACUAUUCCGUUAUUAUGUUCACGUUUUUUUGCUUUAAAAUCAUAUUUACGAUAAAAAUAGGUAACAAUUAUCAGCUAUCGUGAUAGCUGAUAAAUUGUAAACUGCAAUAAUACUGGACGAAACAGUAAUAGUAAACUUUAUAUAUUUCCGACAUCGAGCUAGAAAUUAGGCUUUUAUAGCAUAUAGUAUUAUUCCAGGCUUACCAUAACGGCUAAAUAUUUUAUCUAGUCUUUGUCAACGCAGAGUUUUGCUUGGAUGUUAAUAAAAUAGUAUGGCUAAUAAGUGUACCAACAUUAGGUGAUUGUAAUAUUAGUUAUAAUGACAGUUACUGAAAGCCCACCAGAAACACUUUUGCAUUUUGGCACGAAGAGUUGUCUGUCGUCUGUCACAACAAACGUUGUGAUAAGCUAAAUAACAUAUGUUUUAACAUAAAAUAAGUUGAUUAAAAAAUGUAAGGAAGGGCAAAACUUUUGUACUUGAAAGCCUCAUACGUAUCCCCAGGAAGAGGAUCAUGAGGUGGUGUCCCCCAAGGCUGUGUGCUAUCACCCACCCUAUUCCUUCUUCAUAUCAAUGACAUGCUGCAAAUCAGCGGCAUUCAUUGUUAUGCUGAUGAUAUUACGGGUGAUGCGUCUUACACCGGCCGCACCAAUAUCUCUCGGGAAAAUGUCAUAGAGAGCCGGAACAAACUUGUGUCUGAAAUUGAGACUUCCCUAAAAGAAGUCUCUGAAUGGGGUCGACUUAACUUAGUCCGUUUCAACCCUACCAAGAC